UUCUUUCUUUUUAUUUUUUCGCGCCAUCAAAUUCUUCUUUUUCCUUAUGCUUCUCGUCGCGGUCUCAUCCUAAACCUUGAGCGCACGUUAGCAAACCACCACCAGGAAAGAAAAAUCUCAUGGCUUCCCCAAAGCCUCUCCAUCUCGAGAUCACAAUAAUCUCUGCUAAACACCUCAAAAACGUCAAUUGGCGAAACGGCGAUCUGAAACCCUACGCCACCUUCUAUCUCGACAACUCGGACCACCGACUCGCAACUCAUGCCGACGACUCACUCUCAACUCGCCCCGUCUGGAACGAACGAUUUACUAUCCCCAUGAUUCGCCACGAUUCAGUCCUCACCCUCGACGUCUUCCACUCCAAGCCAUCCGAAACCCCCAAACCUCUUGUAGGCACCGUGAAAUUUCCAUUGACUCAGCUCCUCGACUCGGACGAGACAACGUCCUACUCGGUCCGCACGCUCGAGCUUUCACGUCCCUCUGGCCGUCCACAGGGUAAAGUCCUGGUGAAACUGGAGGUGAAAGAACGGCCUUUGCCUCCUCCGGUGCAGGAUUACCAUACCGCCCCUAAUUAUAGCCAUUAUUACAACCCUGCCCCUGUUCAACCUCCCGCACGUGACUACAGGGAAUACUCUCCCUCUCCAUACGGCUACACCGAUCAGUACGGUUACUACCCUGCUUGCUAUCCUUCACAACCUCCCCUACCAUCUCGACCUCUGUACAAUCGAGCAUCCAAUAACAGUUUCCCAGGUGGGCCUUCUGCUCCCGUUGAUCUAUCUUCCCAACCAUCACCAUCGCCCUACGAUCACAAGCCACCACAGCCGGUGUUGUUGCAAAAGACAUCCAAUUACGGAGUGCCAAGUGGACCAUCGGCUCCCGUCGAUUAUUCAUAUGGGAAAGGUAGUGGGCCCGAGAUCACUGGGGCAAUCGGAGGGUUAAAUUUGGAGGAAGGGAGUAACUAUGAGAAAGAGAAAGUUGCUGCUGAUAAAGAGAGUCACAGCAGCUACCGUCCUGGGUAUUGAAAGAAUUGAGAUGAUUGAGAGAGUGAAGGUAUAUUUAAGUUAUUUAUGCUCGCAUUGUGGCCUUGAUUGAUGAAUGUACUUUUGUAUAUAUGCGACUAAUGACGAUAACCACUGGAUGCUGCCCUCAGUUUCCUGUUGUGUUUUGAUUA